CGACCGAGUAGGCGAGGUCAAAAUGGCGUCAAAUUUAAGAGCCAUUUUUUACCUUCUCCUUCUCUCUCUUCUAACCAUCGACACGGUUACCUCCGCUAAAUACAAACAAGACGAAAAGAUUGUCCUUUAUGUAAAUAAAGUCGGCCCCUAUUACAAUCCACAAGAAACAUAUCAUUAUUAUUCUCUGGCUGUUUGUGUACCUGAGAAGAUAGAGCAUCGUAGUUUGACGUUAGGGGAAGUCCUAGAUGGAGACAGGAUGGCAGUCUCUCUGUACGAUAUCCAGUUCAAUAAGUCAGUCCCUCAUGCUGAACUCUGUACACUGGUCCUUACUGCUAACGACAUUGCUAAACUACAAGAAGCAGUCGAGGAUCUUUAUUACUUUGAAUUCGUAUUUGAUGAUCUACUGAUGAGAGGGUUCGUGGGUCACUUGGAAGAGGGUGCGUUUCUACCGCACAACCAUCGUACCUACCUCUGGACCCACUUGCAUUUCUCGUUUGGUUACAGUGGACAGGAGGUCGUUGAAGCUAAUGUUAGUACAAUAGGAGCAACGGCCUAUAGUCUUGAUGAUACUGAACCACCGGUUAAAGUUACCUUUACUUAUAGUGUGUCAUGGAGCAAAUCAUUGCGGAGUUAUCAUGACCGUAAUAAAGAAUUAAAAGUAUUUUUUCCGAAAUCAAUGGAGAUACACUGGCUUUCUGUUAUCAAUUCAGUUGUUCUGGUUUGUCUCCUCUUAGGAUUUGUGACAAUAAUUCUGAUGAGGGUCCUUCACAAUGAUUUUGCCAGAUACAAUGUUAGUGAUGAUGAUCCUGAUGACUUGAGAGAUCAAGAUAAUUACGGUUGGAAGAUUAUCAGUACUGACGUGUUUAGAUUCCCACAGAACAAAGGAUUGCUAAGCUCCAUAAUAGGUGUUGGCACUCAGUUUAUAACACUCUCUCUUGCUAUAAUUCUAAUGGCCCUGUUAGGAUUGUUUAAUGUCCACAGGCAUCAUGCCAUGAAUUCAACUAGUAUAUUACUCUAUGCCCUCACGUCCUUCAUUGCUGGACUAGUCUCUACUAAUUUCUAUAGGAAGAUUAAUGGAGAGAGCUGGGUCUGGAACAUCAUCCUUACGUCAUCUCUGUUUGCCUUUCCUUUCUUCCUUACAUGGAGUACAGUUAAUUCUGUUGCCUGGUAUCAUGGCUCCACUCAAGCUCUUCCAUUCACUACAAUAAUACUCAUCAUGUUCAUGUGGCUCAUUGUCGGGUUUCCUCUCACCAUUCUUGGUGGUAUACUUGGUAAGAAUGUCAGUGGAGGUUUCGAUGCUCCUUGUCGCUCAAAGAACAUAGCAAGGGAGAUCCCUCCCUCUCCCUGGUAUCAUAGCACUCUGGUCCACAUGGCCGUGGGAGGGUUCCUACCAUUCAGUUCAAUCAGUGUUGAAUUGUACUACAUCUUUGCUACCGUUUGGGGCCGUGAGGUGUACACUCUCUACGGGAUCGUAUUCAUCGUUUUCCUUAUUCUAAUUAGUGUCACAGCCUGCAUAUCCGUUGCGCUGACGUACUUUAGACUAUCCGCCGAGGACUAUCGCUGGUGGUGGCACUCAAUCCUUACAGCUGGUUCAACUGGAUUAUUUGUUUUUGCGUAUGCUUUUUUCUAUUACUACAAGAGGUCACAUAUGUACGGAACCCUUCAAACAGUCGAAUAUUUUGGUUACACUAUCUUAAUCUGCUACGUUUUCUUUCUCAUGCUCAGCACCGUCUCCUUCUUUGCUUCCCUCACUUUCGUUCGCUACAUGUACCGCAAUCUCAAGGCUGACUGAGUCCAGGGGGAUAUAGCACAACUUAAAUAUUAUUAUUAUUAUUAUUAUUAUUAUUAUUAUUAUUAUUAUUUAACAACUUUGUUGUGGAGGAGGAACAGAAAAGAUGGGGGAGAGAGAGAGAGGGGUAUAUUGUUAUUAUUAUUAUUAGUGAUUUAUUUCAUUCUUAUAAACAGAUUUAAUUUGAAGUUUA